GUAGUAAUUAUAUAGUUAUAGUAGUAGAUAGAUAAUAUGUAAUAUUAUUAAUUUUGAUAUGCUGUGUUCAAAUUGCAUUAAUAUAGUUUUAUAUAAUAACAAUUUUUCUCUCGAAUAGAAAAUUUUUUCAGCAACGCUGAAGAAAAAUGGUUUCAUAAGAAUUAUGAUAGAGAAAAUGAUAUUUAAAGUAAUAAAAAAAAUAUAGGUUAGAAUUAUUAGAGGAAACUUAGGGACUUUUAGUUUGGAUUUAUAACAUUAGGCGCGUGGAAUGUGAAGAUAUUAGUACCACUAAUUCUCGCAUGGUGUACUCAAGUCGCAUUAAUGUAUAUAACUUUAUGUGACGUCAUCUUUUCCCUACGGUAGGGAAUUCUUCUGGCAACGCUGCCGAUUAGUCGAUUACUUGCUAAAACAAUGGCUGCUACUUUCGAUCAAUAUGACAAGUCCAGUUGGUAUUUUGGUGCAAUGUCACGACAAGAUGCCUCGGAUUUACUCAUGGGUGAGAAAGAAGGUGGCGUAUUCUUAGUACGUGACAGCACAUCAAUACAAGGAGACUUUGUUCUAUGUGUACGAGAAGACAGCAAGGUUAGCCAUUAUAUUAUAAAUAAAAUUCAACAGGGUGAUCAAAUACGUUAUCGGAUUGGAGAUCAAACAUUUCCUGAUAUUCCCAACCUUUUGGCUUUUUACAAAUUACAUUAUUUGGACACAACACCACUGAUCAGGCCUGCACCUAAAAGAACACAGAGGGUAGUAGCAAAGUAUGAUUUUGAGGGCAAUGAUCCUGAUGAUUUACCUUUUAGAAAAGGAGAAAUUCUUACAAUUAUAUCAAAAGAUGAAGAGCAAUGGUGGACUGCUAGAAAUGCUCUUGGUCAAACUGGUUCAGUUCCAGUUCCAUAUGUUCAAAAAUAUGAAGAAGACAAUCACCCUGUGAUUGAAAAUAAUUCACGUCCAGAAAGUGGAGGAAGUUCAACUAUAAAUUCUAAUUCAGUUCAAAUUUCUGCUUCCCAAAUGUCUUAUCCAGAAAGUGGACAAGGGACCACUCGUAGAUCAAAUAUUCAGAGAACAUUACCUGCUUUUGCAAAAGUAAAACAAGCAAGAGUACCAAAUGCAUAUGAUAAAACUGCUCUAAAAUUAGAAGUUGGAGAUGUGAUAAAAGUUACAAAGACUAAUAUAAAUGGUCAAUGGGAAGGUGAAUUGCAUGGCAAGGUUGGCCAUUUUCCAUUCACACAUGUUGAAUUUGUAGAUAAUGAGACUGGAGAAGACAAUCAAGAAAUUUAACGGAAGUCUUCCAUUGAAUAAAGAAGUUAAUUUGGAUAGUUUUAUAUUGGCAGUUUAAGUUCGUAUUAGCAAGUAUUCUGUGUAUUGGUACAUAAAAUCAUCUCAUUUUUAAAUUUUUUAUACAAUUUGAAAUUUCAAAUAUUUUGUAAUACACAUUUUUAUAUAUUAAGUAUUAAUUAUAUAAUAUUGCACAAAAUUUAAAUAAAUAUUUUUAUAAAUCGUUCUACUUUUCUAGUCAUAAAGUAUCAAAUAAUUGUAAAUGAUUACUGAUUAAUAUUGAUUUUGUCAAAAGCUAUAAAAAUUUUUUGAUUUUAAAUUUUGUACCGAUACAUAUUGUACUGCUUAGCCAUAGGUUGUGCCACAGAUGGAACAACAUUUUUUACUAGAUAUAUUAAAUAAUGGAAUUGUUAAUCAUAUUACAAUUGUAAUUUACAUAAAUUACAUUAAUUAUAUAUUACUAUGUAAUUAUAUAAGUUUCGAUUGCUGAGUAA